AUGCCGUCUUCUCGAUCAGCAAACGCUCUGCCAGGCUACUCCGAAGCAACCACCAGCAGCAGCUCAGCAGUGCCAUCAUACUUCGAACCAGUCGGGUCUGCACGUGAAACUACCUCACAAGCGAUUAUGUCCGGCAGCGAUAGCUUCUUCGACAUUGCGCCUCGCAGCGAUUCCACGUCUUUCCAAGUCGGCUACUUGGGUCUCAAGGAUUUCCAGGCAUGGAUCAAAGGCGACGUGCUUGUGAAGCUCGACACCGAGACCAAGAACAGAGGGAGGUAUACUCGCUGUAUCGUUCAGCUCCAAGCUAAGGAGCAGGUGGAUGCUGGGACUGCAAGGAGUCGCCCGUCAGCGCAGCAGAAUCUAGUCGAGCUUUUCUCGCACACGCUCGUGCUCUGGGAUGCACACAAGGAAGCCACAUCUUCCACCGCCAGUCUUCCAUCAGUGCCGUCCAUGAUGCCUUUCUCAUUUCCACUCACUGCAGAUCUGCCUCACUGCGUCCAUCUCCGAGACAGCUCCUUGACCUACACCAUCACGGCUCAGCUCUUCAGCGACGAUGCUAAAAAGCUGCCCCACGCUAUCAAGACGGUGCCCGUACACCUCGUGCGCUAUACACGCCCCGGCCCUCUGAACAGGGUCGAGCUCGGCGAAAUUGAUGGCGCUGCUCUUCCUGACCAGCAGUUCACGCUUGAGCCUUUUAAUUGGAUCGAACAAGCGCCGACACUCGUCUAUGCACAAAUCAACCGCACCAUCUUUCGACGUGCAGAGCCCAUCGACAUCCGCGUUCGUAUCCCCUCACCAGAUCCUACAACCAUUACCGAAAAAGGCCUUAAGCUGCGCGCAGUCGAGGCCGAUCUGGUGCGCAUAAUCCAUGUCAAGCCAGAUAGAGACGGCUCUGAUUCGUUCUUGCGAACGGAACCUGAUGUACACGAAGCAUCGGACCCGCACGUACACCAGGCUUUGUUGGCUCACAGUGGAAAGCUCUGCCGCUUCCAUUCACAGCGGCCAGUGCUGCUGCGUUUGACGCUGCACCCUCCCUUCGAUCGAGCCAACAUGCCUCAUCCUCACCCGGAUCACGACGCGCUCGCAUCAGGACCGGUCUUCGGACGCGGAGGAGGGGGCGGCUGCGAGAGCAUCAGUCAGGAGACAUUGAUGCACAGAGUGAGCUUCGAAGUGCGCAUCAAAAUCGGUAUCCUCGGCGGCCGCGGCGAGCGUAGAGACAUCGUUCUUCGUAGAGCUGUCAAGAUCCUACCCGGUGCUGCAGGUGCACUCGAGGAUCUAGAGGGCAAUUUGCCAGCGGGCAUGGAUGCUGCGUCAGAGAAGGAAAGGCUCAGGAGAAGCGAAAAGGCACGCAUGCUCGAAGACGAUAACCCCUCAGCUUCAAGCUCCCGCGUUCCAGACUACGCCCAUGACAUGCUCGAUUUCGGCAUGGAAGACGAGUAUGACGGUUACGAAGAUGUAGGCCGUAGCUUGAACGAUUUGCUGGAUGCAGCCGACCAGUCCAACGCCACUGGUUCAAGCAGUCAGGCUACGGAUCACGCAGAGCGCCUCGAACAAUUGCGUCAAUUCCUGGAGAUUUCUGAUCCUUCCGCACACGAUGAUGGUCCACCGCCAUCGCUGCUGGAUAGCCGCAACGAUCUGCAAGUCGAGGUCGAGGUCGAAGGCGUUGGGUUGGCAAUGCCGCGCAACUCCCAACGACAUCCUGCCGACCCUUUUCCAGAGAUGAAUGGGUCCGGCAACGACUCGUUUCCGCCGCCUCCCCCCAUCGAUCAUGUCCAUUCGCACUCGCUGGAUUCACCAUCUCCUUACAGCUUACUCUCACUGGCUCCCGACAGCGGCGCAGUUGUACCUUUGGAGCACGAUGACCCUCCUCCCCCGCUUUCACCUGUAGCGGAACGAUCAGAUGCUCGAAACGAGCUUCACGGUGGUAUCGGUUCCGGUUCACAAUCAUUCCACGUGCGAAGCGGACACGCAACACACAGAGAUCCCCGUCGCGCUCUGAGUCAGGAUGACGUGUUUCCGCCUCACCUGUCGCCACCGCAACCCGGCUCGGAGGCGAUUUACCCGGCUUACCUCGAUCUGACAGCACAACCACCUUCCGUAGCGACGACCGGCCACGGCAUCGUUGAGUCGCAUCCCUCGUACGAAGCUGCAACGUCAGGCGCCUUGACACAACUUGAACGAGACCGCGGCGGAACGAUUCAUUACGAACCACCUCCUUACGCCGAUGAUGCCAAUCCUGUGGAUCCUGCCCCUUCCUUCGACCAAGUCAUCCGACAGGGCAACACGGCUGGUGGGGCGAGCGUUGCGCGCGGCACAAACUCGGCGGUCAACGAAGUCCAAAGAAUACUACCACGUUUAUCUCACGGGGAUUCAAACCUACCGAACUCGGAUCACCAUCCACCAGCAUACGGUACCUCACAGCAUCCACCUUCGUAUGAUGCUUGA